AUCGAGCUUUCUAAAGGAAGAUCAGCUCAGCUGUCAACUCAUAAAAAUAUCAUCCUAUUCAGUGUGCGUUCCUGCACAAUUAUAAACCUUUAAUUAAUGGGUGGGUCUGCAGCGUCAUUACCAGGUUAUUGUCCCCUCAUGUCACGCAUUGUCACCUCGACCCACUCGCACAAGUGUGUUUUGGCUGUUUGUGUCGGUCUGUCGACAGAUUGCGUGGGCGACGCUCGCAACAUUUCAAGACGAUUUCACAAAGCUUUACAAACGCGUAGUUCAGAUCACACUGAUGGUUGUGUUUGAAGAUGGAAGGUGGUUGGAGCAAAAGUGCUAGAAGAGGAGGGACCUUUUCCCCCCCACAACUAUUUGGCAUCGCCGCUGGUGGGGACCCGUCCCGAGUCUCAUCGCACGUCGUUAUUUUUUUUUUUUCUAACUUCCAGAAAAGACUUGUGUUAAACUAAUUCCUCCUUUUGUGUUCACCCGUCGUAGCUGUCGAAGAGACGCUGGAUGAUUCAAGGAUACCCAAAUAUGGACAAAUACUACACUAGCUUCCUGUUCUCUCUCAUGUUACGUAAAUGUUGCACAAACUGGAACCAGUUCAUCUGCCGUGUGACGUCAUCUCUCCAGCUAGAAACUACGGAAGGAACAAAUUCCCUCUGCCAAUUCACUAAAUGACACAUAUCACCAACCUAAUUCUUGUUUCUGUUGUCCAGUUUGUCCAGUUUUCAUCCUAACACAUCUAUCAUCAUCAAAAAUGUGGUACUUUUAAUCAGUAAAUCAUGAUUGUUAGUUAUCAUGUGUUGAGUUAUGGACUUAACGCUUUAUUGUGCUUCCAACCACAACAACUUGUAAUAUUUGAUAAUAUAACUCAGUUUUAAAUCCUAGUACUCUUUCCGACUAUUUGAAAUACUUUACUGCUCCUUUUACAUCGUUACUCGUUGAAAAGAGAGUGGUACUAAAUAUAUUUGAUUUGAUUUUUUUUCCACCACUAAAGACAUGACGGUAUGAUGUAUAAAGUUAUUAUCUUCUGUCAUUAAUUACACCAAGAAGCAUCCAAAAGUGUUGGAGUUGGAAAUGAUAAGAAGAAAGGCGCACAAGGGGAAAUGCACUAGUCACUCAUUAUGGUGGCUGCGUUCUUCUCAGGUAAUUAGAGUUUGUGGUUAGUGCAGAACUACCGGGAAGCCAGUGACAGCCGUGUUUGACAUGCUUUACCUCACGGCACCUCCAUAGAGCCGGAAUUUUGUUUUGUUUGGAGGUUAGUGAAGGGGGAAAACCUAAUGAUGGUUUAAUGAAAAAGGCGGAGCCGCCUUUAACGAAGAGGCUAUUUAACGGCGUGGACCGGGUGGAAGAGGCACAGCUCAAAUGGCUAUCUUCCAGUUUCUGUGGGCUUUGGCCGGGAUGAUCGUUCUCUUGUGCGGAGGAUGUCAUUCACUGAUACCAGCUUGCGGCCAGGCUCCAAAGAACACCAGAAUUGUUGGAGGCCAAAAUGCGCCUCCGGGAAGUUGGCCCUGGUUUGCAAGUGUUGAGACUGACGGCCGUCCCUCCUGUGCAGGAUCCCUAAUUAAUGAUCAGUGGGUGCUGACAGCUGCUCACUGCCUUAGCAGAGAUGACCUCUUAACCACAACGGUUUUUCUGGGCCGUCAAGACCAGACAGUUAUAAACUUCAAUGAAGUGCGCACGACUCUCGCAAGCAUCGUGUGUCAUCCGUCAUACGACUUCACGACCAGCGACAACGACAUAUGUCUCCUGAAGCUGUCGUCUCCGGUGGACUUCAGCGACUACAUAUAUCCGGUGUGCUUAGCCUCGGCGGGGAGCACCUUCCACACCGGGGUCAGCAGCUGGGUCACUGGGUUUGGUGACACCCAACCUGGUUCAUUUACCGGAGCCGAUAUCCUGCAGGAAGUGAACGUACCAAUUGUUGGAAACAAUGAGUGCAAAUGCACCUAUCGUGAACUCACAGAUAACAUGAUCUGUGCUGGGCUCAGAGAGGGGGGGAAGGACGCGUGUCAGGGAGACUCCGGGGGCCCGAUGGUGACCAAAGAUGGUUUCAUUUGGAUCCAGAGUGGAAUCGUGAGCUUCGGUGACGGCUGCGCCAGGCCCAAUACUCCUGGAGGCUACACCCGUGUGUCCCAGUACCAGGACUGGAUCUCCAACGUUACCGGUACCAGCCGACCGGGCUUCGUCACCUACACAUCGCCCGGAGUGGACAGCGACCUCAAUUAUGCCUGUUCUAACACAGCACCCACAACCAAUCCAACCCCACGCACCAAGCAACCAUUCAUAGAAACACUUGGGCCUGAUAUAGUAGACCCUGAGCCUGAUCCAUUCACAGUAGAGCCUGAUGGAAGUGUGUUCGGCAGUGGUGAAAGUAUGAUCCAUUUCUCCCACUUCACUCCACUGUGUCUCCUGGUUGUUUUCUCCUAUGUGCUGGUCUGUGAAGCCUAACGGGAACAUGUUAACUAGUCACCGUUUCAAAUGUCUCACCGUGAUGAAAAUGAAAAGCUCUGGUUAUCAACGGCAGAAAGACCUUUUCUAAUGAAUGACAAACGUCUCUUGUUGUAGCAUCCACGCACAACUGUGUUGAUUUACUCUUUGAUUGCUAUUGUACAUCAUCACAAAGUUGAUUUAAUAAACCUGCAGAUCAUUGUAUUGAUGCUACGUUGGAGACACUUUGUUGAAUGUUUUAUUGACUUGUAAAUAACUGUUUUGUGGUAAGAUCAUGAAAUAAAUAUUAUUUUGUUGAGGUA